UACGGGCUUGUUGAUUUACAAGGCGAAGGCUGCGGGUAGUUGCGUCUUGAGGAUGGAGGUGUCGGAUGUAGAGUGCAGCCAGGUGAAGCGGUUACUGAGACAACACGGCCGUAAGUGCUUGCUCUUGGACUGCAGGUCGUUCCUGGCACACAGUGCCCACCACAUCAGCGGUUCUCUCAACGUCCGCUGUAACACCAUCGUAAAACGCAGAGCCAAGGGCUCCGUCACUCUACAACACAUCAUCCCGGCCGACGAGCCCCGCAGCCGGCUUCAAGCUGGCUUCUACUCCGCCCUCGUCCUAUACGACGAAAGGAGCCCUCAAUUUGACCUAGUCCGGCACGACAGCACCGUCAACACUGUCCUCAAUGCACUGUCGGCAGCCUUCUGCCCAACUCACAUCUACUUCCUAGCGGGAGGAUAUGAGAGAUUUUCUUCAGAAUAUCCCGAGUUCUGUGUGAAAGCAAAAAGUCCACCUGGAAUCUCAACAGUGUCCAUCAUCGAAUCACCUGAAACAAGCCUGAAUGCCUGUGGGACUCCACUGCAUGACCAGGGUGGUCCAGUGGAAAUUCUCCCUUUCCUUUAUCUCGGAAGUGCGCAUCAUGCUUCAAAAAGGGACACGCUCGACGCAAUGGGGAUUACUGCUCUCCUGAACGUCUCUUCCAACUGUCCAAACCAUUUUGAGGAUCAUUAUCAGUAUAAAUGCAUUCCAGUGGAGGACAACCAGAAAACAGACAUCAGUUUCUGGUUCAUGGAAGCAAUAGAGUACAUCGAUUCUGUUAAAAAUGUUGACGGCCGAAUUCUGGUCCACUGCCAAGCUGGGAUCUCAAGGUCAGCCACCAUUUGCCUUGCCUAUCUAAUGAUGAGGAAACGAGUUCGGCUGGAAGAGGCCUUUGAGUUUGUUAAGCAGAGACGGAGCAUAAUUUCACCCAAUUUUAGCUUCAUGGGACAGCUGCUACAGUUUGAGAGACAGAUCCUGGCCUCCUCCUGCUCUGCAAAAUCUGCCACUCCGUCAGGAGUUCUCAGAGAGCAGAAGAAGGCAUCAUCAACCCCGACCUCACAGUUCGUCUUCAGCUUUCCUGUGUCUGUCAGUGUUCACUCAACCCCAAAUAAUCUGAAUUACUUACCCAAUCCGAUCACCACAUCACCAAGUUACUGAAGGACUAGAAUUUGUCUACGUUUAACUGAACAUCCAAUCCAGUAGUGUGUUAAGCAAUCUGUCCACCUACCGUAGACGAUGGACAGUUUAAAUUGACCUAGAACUGAAACUAGCUAGUUUAACAUUUCGUGUCUGAACUGUUCAGUCUGGAAGGAUUUCUUUGCAAUAAGUUACAAUUCACUUUCGAAUAAACAGGAUGUUUGACUUUCUAAUGAACUAGUUUGUCACAGAGCCAUAGAAUACUACAGCACAGAAACAGGCUUUUUGGUCCGCCUAGUUUGUGGCCAAUCUGCCUAAUCCCAUCGACCUGCACCUGGACCGUAGCCAUCGAAUCCUCUCUCACCCAAAUUUCUCUUCAAUGUUGAAAUCGACCCCAUAUCCACCAUUUGCGCUCACAGUUUGUUCCACACUCUCACCACCCUCUGAGUGAAGAUGUUCCACCCUGCAUUGAGCAUUUCACCUUUCAGUCUUCAUCCAUGACCUCUAGUUGUCGUCUCACCCAACCUCAGUGGAAAAAGCCUGGUUGCAUUUACCUUAUCUAUACCCUUCACAAUUCUGUAUCGCUCUAUCAAAUCUCCCCUCAAUCUUCCACAUCCUAAGGAAUAAACUCCUAAUCUAUUCAACCUUUCCAAGGAUCCUCAAGUCCUGGCAACAUCCUUGUAAAUUUCCAACUUUAUUGAUAUCGUUCCUGUAGUUAGGUGACCAAAACUGCACACAUUACUCCAAAUUAGGCCUCACCAACGUCUUAUACAAUUUCAGCAGAUCGUCCCAUCUCCAGUACUCAAUACUUUGAUUCAUCAAGGCCAAUGUGCCAAAGGCUUUCUUUACAACCCUCUCCACCUGUGACACCGCUUUCAAGGAAUUAUGGAUUUGUAUUCCCAGACUGUCUGUUCUGCCACUUUCCUCAGUGUCCUACUGCUCACUGUGUUAGUUCCAUCUGUCAUUUUGCAGCCUAUUUUUCCAACUGGUCCAGAUCCCACUGCAAGCUUUGAUAGUCUUCCUCACUGUCCACUACAUCUCCAGUUUUGGUGUCAUCUGCAAAUUUACUAAUCCAGUUAACCACAUUAUCAUCCAGAUCAUUGACAUAGAUAACAAACAACAAUGGACCCAGCACCGAUCCUUGCGGAAUUCCACCUGUCACAGGCCUCUAGUCAGAGAGGCAACCAUCUACUACCACUCUUUGGCUUCUUCCAUGAAAGCAAUGUCUAAUCCCGUUUACUACCUCAUCUUGAAUGCCAUGUGACUGAAACAUUUUGACCAACCUCCCAUGUGGGACCUUGUCAAAGGCCUUGCUGAAGUCCAGGUAGACAACAUCUACUGCCUUGUCUUCAUCAACUUUCCUGGUAACUUCCUCGAAAAACUCUAUAAGAUUGGUUAGAUACAAAUAUCCACGCACAAAGUCAUGUUCACUAUUCCUAAUCAGUCCCUGGCUCUCCAAAUACUUAAAUAUCCGAUCCCUUAGAAUACUUUCCAGUAACUUUUCCACUAGUGAUGUCAGGUUCACUGGCCUAUAAUUUCUUGGCUUAUUCUUAGAGCUUUUCUUAAACAAUGAAAUAACAGUAGCCAUCCUCCAAUCCUCCAGCACCCCAUCCAUGGCUGAGGAUGUUUUAAACAUCUCUGCUUGGGCCACUGCAAUUUACUCUUAAUAUAUCUGUAGAAACUCUUACGAUUCUCCUUUACCUUGUCUGCUGAGGCGACCUCAUGUCUUCUCCCAGCCUUCCUGAUUUCCUUUUUAAGUGUUCUCUUGCAUUACUUAUACUCCUCAAGUACCUACCUGCCAUGCACCUCCUUUUUCUUAACCAGGGUCUCAAUAUUUCUCAAAAACCAAAGUUCCAUAAACCUGUUAUUCUUGCCUUUUAUUUCAACAGGAGCAUACAAACUCUACUCUCAAAAUUACCCUUUUGAAGGCCUCCCACUUACCAAGUACACCUUUGCCAGAAAACAACUUGUCCCAAUCCACACUUGCAAGAUCCUUUUUGAUACCAUCAAAAAUGGCCCUUCUCAAAUUAAGAAUCUUAAUUCGAGGACCAGACCUUUUCUUUUCCAUAAUUACCCUGAAACUAUUGGCAUUUUAAGACCAUAAAAUCUAGGGGCAGAAGUAGGCUAUUCAGCCCUUCCAGUCUGCUCUGCCACUUCAACAUGGCUAAUUAAUUAUCCCUCUCGAUCCUGAUUAUGAUCACUAGAUGUUAAGUGUUCCCCUAAACAAACUUUUUUCAUCUGCCCUGUCUCAUUCCCUAAUAGAUCUAGAUUUGCACUAUCUCUAGUUGGGACUUCUAUGUAUUGAUUAAGGAAACUUUCUUGAACACAUUUGAUAUACUCUUUCUCAUCCGGCCCUUUUACAGUAUGGAAGUCCCAAACAAUAUGUGCAAAGUUAAAAUCACCUAUUAUAACAACCUUUUGUCUCUUGCAGCAGUCUGCGAUCUCUGUAAAUUUACUGCUCUAAAUCCCACGGAUUGUUGGGUUAAUUAAUCUAUAGAUUAAUCCCAUUAACGUGGUCAUACUUUCCUUAUUCCUCAGUUCUACCCGUAAAGCCUCACUAAAUGAGCUCUUCAGUCUGUAUUGACUGAGCAGUGUCGUGACAUUUUCCCUGCCACCCCUCCCUCUCUAAUCCUUCCCACUCUAUCAUGUCUAAGCCAAAGGAACCCCAGAACACUGAGCUGCCAGUCCUGCCACCAAGUCUCACUACUGGCUACAAUGUCAUAAUUCCAAGUGCUGAUCCAUGCCCGAAGCUCAUCCACUUUUCUUACAAUACUCCUGCACUGAAAUAUACGCAGCUCAGAACAUUAGUGCCACCAUGCUCAACCUUUUGAAUCCUGACCUUGUCUGCAGGCUUUACAACAUCUUUCUCCACAACAACUUCACUAUCCGUGCUGGCAAUCUGGUUCCCAUCUCCCUGCAACUCUAGUUUAAACCCCUCCCCCUACACCCCAUGUAACACCAGCAAAGCCAACCCUUCAAUACAGAUCUCACUUUCCUUGGAGGAGAGCCCAAAGAUCCAAAAAUCUGAUUCCUUGCCUCCUGCUUAGUUACAUGUUAGACUGUAUGAUCUUUCUAUUUCUGGCGUCACUAAUUCGUGGCGUGGGUAGCAAUACUGCGAUCACAUCCCUGGUGGUUCUGUCCUUUAGCUUAACACCUAACUUGCUGAACUCCCUCUGCAGAACCUCGUCACCCCUCCUACCCAUAUCUUUGUUACCUACAUGGACUGCAACCUCUGGCUGUUCACCAUCCCUCUCAAGAAUGCUGCAGACUCAGUCUGAGAUGUCCCUGACUCUGGCACCUGGGAGGCAACAAACAUCUGGCAAUCUGUUUUUUUUUUGCCCACAGAGCCUCCUUUAUGUCCAACAAAUCCCCUAUCACUACAGCUUGCCUUUUCUCCGUCUUUCCUUUCUGAGCCAUAGAGCCAGACUCAGUGAAAGAGACUUGACCGCUGUGGCAUCCCUCUGCUAGGUCAUCCCCCUCCAGUAGUAUCCAAACUGGUAUACCUGCUACUGAGGGGAAUGGCCAAAGGGUACUCUGAACUGGCUGCCUAUCCCCUUUCCCCUCCUGACAGCCACCCGGGUACAUGUAUCCUGCACCUUGGGUGUAGCUACCUCCCUGUAUGUCCUGUGUAUCAACCCCUCAGCCUCCCAAAUGAUCCACAGUUCAUCCAGUUCCAGCUCCAACUCCUUAACGCACUCUGUUAGAAAUUGCAGCCAGAUACACUUCUUGCAGGUGAAGUUGUCAGGGACACUGGAGGUCCUCCUGCCUUCCAACGUCCCAUAAAAGGAGCAUUCCACUAUCCUGUCUGACACCCCCCCCACUCUAAAUGUGCAAUAAGGAGGAAAGAAACUAUAAAUAGUAACAAAAAUCUCUCCCAAACUUUGAUGAGCCAAAAGUUUGAACUCCCCACUCCAACACUGGCCCACUCACAUAAUGGCUGCUCCACUUAAGCCUAAUUUCUUGUUAUCGAUCCUUGCCAAGUGCCUAAUUAUGUGCAAGCCAAUGUUUAUCUCAUUAUUUAUAUUGCAACAACUGAUUAAUGCAAGAUUCCUUCUCUUCAAGCAAGUUACCAGAAUAGUUCUCCACAAUAAACUUCCAGAAGGCAUCUCUCUGCCAGUGUUAAAUCAUACUGGGACUUUAUUCUGGCUUUGUACAAAAAUCUGGAAUGGAUGAAUGAAAUACAACACUCACACCAUCUGAGUGGAAGACAACCUGCAAUCAACAAUUCACACCAAUCCCCUGCCAUGUGCCUGACUGAAGAAUCAUGCAAUGGACAGUUAGGAAACCCACAUCCUCACUUCUCUCUUGGUUUCCUUUCAUGGUUUACCCCCUUUCUGACCCAAUUAGACUGGGGCAGAGCAGAAAUCAAGGAGAGAAAAAAACACCAGCAUACAUUUACUUGUGUAUUUGAAGAUCUGUUGUGGAGAUCAUAGUUUUUGUGAAAUUAAUAAGAAGAUGUCUAAUGA